AUGGGUAAUUGCUGGUAUAAAGACGGAAGGGACCUGAUCCCGAUGGAGGAACGAGUGGACCCUGGCCCCCUGAAAUACAGUCGAUCGGUGAUAAUCUUCGUGAUAGGUGGCCCCGGGGUCGGGAAGAGCACGCUGUGCAAGAAAUUGGCCACGAAGUAUGGGCUGACUCUGAUAUGGGUGUCGAAUAUACUCCGCGAGGAGGUGGCGUCCGGUAGCGACAGAGGCAAUCUCUUCAAAGCAUUCAUGGAAAAGGGUGCAGUAAUACCUGCCGCGGUGAUCGUUCAGCUAGUGGUACGGAAGAUGCUGGCCCAUCCGAACGCGCACGGGUAUCUAAUCGUCGGCUUCCCUAGGAACAAGAAACAGGCUGUACUGUUCAACUCGGAAGUAAGGCCGCCCUCGUUGUUGAUAAAUCUGUACGCGAGGAGACUGGUUCUUCAAGAUCGAAUGGCGAGGCGUGCCUCCGCCGGGGAGAGAUUCGACGAUACCGCUGAAGCCGUUUGCAACCGCGUGAUAAACUAUUUCACCAACGUCAAAGGUGCGACCGCGCCUAACAAAGCCGUGAUGAAGAUGAUAGACGCGGAGAAUAAUCCCGACGAGGUGUACAACGAGGUGGCCAAGCUGAUAGAGGAAACGCUGUCGAAGCAUUCGAGAAGUUAA